UAGCUCUGAGACACUAUCAGAGCUGAUGAGUGGACCAACGUGGUCAUUUUCCUUCUGCCACCUGCAACUGGACACCAAACUGAAAGGGACACAGUACAAAUAACACCUGGAAAUAUGGAAAACCUGAUUGUUCCUCGCCUGCUUCACACUCAGUGAUCAGAAGUCGUGUCAAACGUGAACCAGACUCCAGAAACAACAAACCAGAAAGAAGCCGAAGAGUCUCAGAGCUUGAGGAGACCAAAUAUCAGCCAACCCUUAAAGAAGAACCAUCUGAUGCCAGCUUGGAUGUUCUGAUUUUGAAGUUUGUCCAACAGCAACAGAAUGCUUUAAAGAGAGCAACUCCUAAAGAGGGAGCUUCACCAAGGACAAGAGGUGUAUUUGGAGAAUUCCCAAAGAAAAAGACACUUCUUCAUUUAAACUAGACAAAAGGUGACGUAUUCAUGGAUAUCUUUGGCGGUGCUCCUCGUGUUCUGGGCUACCCUCGGCCGGUUCUGGCACAAUGUGGAACAGAUGCAACGCUGAAGUGCCAGAUCGGUGGAGACCCUCGUCCAGAUGUGAUCUGGGAACGUAAAAAUGUCCAGAUCUUGUCUGAAGGACGCUACAAGCUCUCCGAGGAGGGGAAAGUUUACUUGCUGACCAUUACUGGAGUGACCCAGCAGGAUGCAGGCCAGUACAUCUGCAAGGCCAGAAAUAGUGUCGGUGAAACCUAUGCAGCAGCUUCGCUCAAAGUGGAAGGAGAGAACCAGGAACAGGAUGGAAAUCUGAGCCAAUCAAGGGUCAUUGGUGUGAAGCAACCCAUGAAAGAAAAUGGGGAAUGUGCCGGACAGCUAAAUGGCUUCUGCAAUGUGCAAAAUGGUGAAAACAGGAAAGAAAAUGGGCAGGAAAUGAAUGGAGAGCACAAGUGGAAUGGAAGGUUAACUGAAAAGCAAGAAGAGGUUGAUUUAACGCCUGAUGACAAACCGAGGUUCCUCAUUAAACCUUUGUCUCUGCGGGUGGAUCGGGGAGAAGACGCUGCCUUCUCCUGUAAAAUCUGGGGCACACCUUUACCUGAGGUGACCUGGGAGAAGGACGGGAAGAAGCUCGGCGACAUCUUCGAGAGUUCGCACUUCAGUGUGAGCAACCAAGAUGGCGGCUGGUUCCAGCUGAAGAUCUACUCGACACGCAUGCCGGAUAAAGGUGUCUACACCUGCAAGGCCGUCAACUGCCAAGGCGAGGCCUUGGCCGGUGCCGUCCUUCUGGUCGAGCCGGUACCAGAGCGAGAGGACAAUAAGAUGUCCUCCAACAGUCACACCAACAGCCAGUGGUCACCGAAGCACCGGGCCGGGCGGCUCGGUUUGUCCAGGGUCACCGAGGAGCCUCCUGUCAACGCAUCCAAAGUCAAGAAGUUCGCAGUAGCCGAGGGGAAGCAUGCAAAGUUUCGCUGCUUUGUGACAGGGAAGCCGAAACCCGAGAUCAUCUGGAAGAAAGACGGGGUUCCCCUGGAGCCCGACAGACGUCACCUGAUAUUUGAGGACAGAGAGGGCUACUACACACUGAAGGUUCUGUACUGUAAAGUUCAGGAUACCGGACUGUAUGUGUGUGCUGCAUCCAACACUCUGGGAAACACUCUGAGUGCUGUUCACCUGACUGUCAAAGGUCCAGCUGUGCGGUUCAGCCGUCCGCUGAAGGACGUGGAGGUGAAGGAGAGGGAUGUCGCCGUGUUGGAGUGUGAGGUUCCUGAUGAGUCGCUGCCGGCUGCCUGGUACCUGGAGGACCAGAGGCUGAUGCCCAGCAGCAAAUAUGGGAUGGAGCAGAAAGGAACCAAACGAAGACUCACCAUCCACGAUGUUGGGACGGACGACGAUGGAGUCUACCUCUGUGAGAUGCCUGAUGGAGCAAAAAGCAUCGCUGAACUGUCAGUUAAAGGAACUAUAGUUCGUAAACUUCCUCGGAAGCUGGAGGUCCUGGAGGGUGAGAACGCAGCGUUCUGUGUGGAGGUGGAGAGCGACGACAUGGAGGUCCACUGGUUCAAAGACGGUUUAAAGCUGCACGAGACACACCAAACGAUUCUCAAGUCUUUUGGCAAAACUCACAUCCUUGUCUUCGUCAACGUGGCCUAUCAAGACUCUGGCGUUGUGACGUUUGUUGCAGGAAGAUCCAAGACUUCAUCACGCCUAAAAGUCAAAGCCACCAGACACUGUCCUCCUAUCUGUCCGGUGGGAGUCAAAAUGGACAUAGAUCGGCCCAACAGUGCUCUGCUCACCUGGGUUCCUGCCCCAAACAGCCAGACCUCCACUCGCUCCAUCUUUGUGCUGGAGAUGAAAGAGGUGGGUUCCCAGGAGUGGCAGAAGUGUUUCACCUCGGAGACGUCCACGUCGGCGGAGGUCAUCGGCGACAGCGUGCCAUGUGAAGGCGACUACCGCUUCCGAGUCUGCUGCGUCAACAAGUAUGGACGAAGUGGCCACGUGGAGUUCCCCAAAGUGGUCCAUCUGGUCCCUGGACCAAAGAUACGUAGUCGCCUCCAAAGCUGUGAGGUGGAGGAAGGAGAAGACGCUCGCUUCUCCAUCGAACUGUCUGCCACAAUGGUUGGAACCUGGUUUUUAAAUAGCGCCCAGCUGCAGCACGGCGGACGAUAUUCAGUCCGACAGACCCAAACACAACACUCACUGGUGAUCCACGAGGCUCAAACAGCAGAGGACACAGCAGAGGUCACGUUCAUCGCCAACGGAGUCCGCGAUUCAGCUGUGCUCAGAGUUAAACCUGCUGUAGUCAAAUUCCAGCCUCAGUCGGAGUUCGACAGCAACAAGAAGGUGGAGGCAGGUGAAGCCAUUGUCCUCUACUGUGAAGUGUCCCACCCUUUUGCUAAAGUGUCCUGGUGCAAAGAUGGGAAGGAGCUCCAGGUGACCGAAGGACUGAACAUCCAGUCAGAUGGGAAUAUGAGGAGGAUUGUAAUCCAGUCUGCUGAUGCAUCUCACUGUGGAGUUUACACGUGUGAAACUUCAGGGGACGUCAUCAAAUUCAACGUGGAUGUUGCAGGUCCUCCAGUGGAGUUCAGUCCAGUCCCAGAGGAUGAGCUCCAUAAGUCCAGCAUGGAGCUGGACCCAGUGGUGCUGCUCUGCCACGUCUCCAGAGACGAUGCUGAAGUUGUUUGGUACAAGGACGGCUAUGAGAUCCAGCCUAACGACAACAUCACCCUGCAGGCUGAGGGAACCAUGAGGAGGUUGAUCAUCCGCUCAGCAGACACCUCAGAUGCUGGAACCUACACUUGCCAAGCAGGAAACAACAGCAUGGAGUUCACCGUCAAUGUCAGAGAACCUCCAGCGAUGAUUGUGGAGCCCAAGGAUGAUGUAGUGAUGGAGAGCUACAUCUCAGAGGAGAUCCAGCUGCAGUGUGAGUUGUCUCGUUCCAGCGGGAAGGUUCGCUGGUUCAAGGAUGGCCAGCAGCUGGAGGAAAGCGACAACAUCCAGCUGAUAUCAGAAGGUCCUUACAGGAGGUUGACCAUCGUCUGUGGCUCGGCGGAGGAUGGUGGAGAGUACGUCUGUGAAACGGAUGGAGACUCCGUCUUUUUCCAGCUCACUGUUACAGAGCCACCAGUGAGAAUCAUUUCUCCCAGUGAAUCAGAGUUAGAAGUGACCCGUUUGGCUUCAGAAAGGCUGGAGCUCAGCUGUGAGAUUUCCCAGGUGGAUGCUCCAGUCCGGUGGUACAGAGACAGCAUGGAGGUGGAGGAGAGUCAGAACCUGAUCCUGGAGGUGGAUGGAGCCCACCGUCGGCUGGUCAUACCUUUAACCACUGUGGAUGAUGCAGGCGAGUAUGUAUGUGACACUGAGGAUGACUCUGUGGCCUUCCUGGUGACUAUUACAGAGCAACCAGUGACGCUUACUCGUCCUAAAAACACACCCGACAAACUCGAGAGUUUUGCCGGCAAACCAAUUGUUCUAGAGAUCGAGGUCUCCCGACCUACAGCAGAAGUCACUUGGUGGCUAAAUGGUAGAAAAAUAGAGCAAAGCAGUAAUGUCACCAUCACAGAGGAUGGACUCAUCCGCCGUCUAACCAUCCAUGCUCCCACUCCAGAGGAUUCCGGGAAAUACACCUGCGAUGCUGUCGAUGAUACAAUUGAUUUCCAGGUCAAAGUUUCAGAGCCACCAGUGAAGAUCCUAAGAAAGUCCGAGGUCAAUACAAAUCUAAAGUUCCUGAUUUCUGAUGACAUCGUGCUGGAGUGUGAGCUCUCCAGAGCUAAUGCUGCUACCAAAUGGUACAAAGACGGCUGCCGUGUUGAGGGUGAUGAAAGGUUCUGCGAAGAGGAGGAAGGAUCUUUCCGUUCGCUGGUCAUCCUCAAUGCUGAACUCAAAGACUCAGGAGAGUAUUUCAUGGAUGUUGGAGACGACAGUAUCAGCUUCCAGGUUACAGUAGAAGAGCCUCCAGUGACUAUUGUAGGAAACUCUAGUGACCCCGAUUACCAGGAGAUGGUGGCCGGUGAUGACCUGAUCCUGGCCUGUGAGGUGUCCCGUCCCAACGCCCCAGUUCAGUGGUUCUGUAAUGAUCAGCUGCUCACUGAUGAUUCUAGAACCUACAUCGAGAGCUACGGGACUCUGAGGAAAAUCAUCAUCUCACGUGUCACGUCUUCAGACUCUGGAAAAUACAUUUGUGACGCUGUGGAUGACAAGAUGAUCAGCAUUGUCCGGAUUCAAGAUGCUCCAGUUACAUUUGUAAACAAGGAGGAUGACAUUGUGGUGACGGGUUAUGAAGCAGAGAGUGUGGAGUUGACUAGCUAUGUGUCAAAGGACAGUGCUCUGGUGCGCUGGAUGAAAGACUGGACACCUGUCGAAGGCGAACGCUUUAAAUCUCUCAUGGAGGGCCAUAAACGCACUCUGAUGAUCGAGCCUCUGAGGCGGUCCGAUGCCGGCGAGUACACCUGCGAUGUCAACACAGACCAGAUGCACUUCAGCCUGCUGGUGAAAGAAAUGCGAAUUAAGUUCACGAGGCCCCUUCAGGAUACUGUGGCUCACGCUGACGGUAUGGUGACCCUUCGCUGUGAGGUGUGCAAACCAAAAGCAGAUGUCCAGUGGCUGAAGAACGGCAUGGAAAUGGUUCCAAGCAGGAGGUUCACUAUUCGGGCAGAUGGAGUCGAACGGAGCUUGACCAUCCAUCGUUUAACCGGAGAGGAUGCAGGAGAGUACGCCUGUGAGUCCAGAGAUGACCGGACCGUUGCCAAACUGAAAGUAGAGCUGCCCAGAGUGGUGGAGUUCCUCACCGAGCUCCACAACACGACUGUGCUAGAAGGUGAAGACGCCACCUUCAAAUGUGUUGUUUCUCCUGAUGACGUCCAGCUGGUCUGGCUCAUGGACAAUGAGCCUAUCACCAUGGGAGAUCGUUUCCAGGCAACCCAGAAUGGCCUGUGCCACACUUUGCUGAUUAAAAAGUGCCAGAUAUUGGACUGUUCAAAGAUUACUGCAGAGGCUGAGGGGAACAUGAGCAAAGCAAGUCUCAAAGUUCAGGAGGCUCAGGUCAUGUUCACUAAGAAAAUGGAGGCUGUUAUGGCGGAAGAGUUUGGUGAUGCCACCAUGGAGACAGAGAUCAGCCUGGAGACAGGGGAGGUCCAGUGGAUGAGGCAGGGGGUGGUCAUCCAGUCUGGACCCCGACACACUGUGGCCCAGAAUGGCUGUAAACGCAGUCUCACCAUCCACAACCUGACGAUGUCCGACCGGGGAACCUACCGCUGCGAGACUCUUCAUGACCGCACGCAGGUCAAACUCAAUGUAGAACCCCGUAAAAUCACCAUCUGCAAAGGCCUGACUGACCAAGAAACCCUGGAACGAGAGACGGCGUCCUUUGAGGUGGAGCUGUCCCACACCGAUGUGGAGGGCAUCUGGCAGAAGGACGGCAUCCGGGUGAAGCCAAACAACCAGUGGCGGGUCAGCACCAACGGCCGGGUCCACGGCCUCACCCUGUCCAGCCUCACCCUAGAGGACACCGGCAGCAUCGUGUUCUCAGCUGAAGGAGUGCGCACCUCAGCCAGGCUCAUCGUGAAAGAGACACCAGUGUCCAUCCUGAAACCGCUGACUGAUGUCCGUGUGGAGGAGGAAUUUCCCGCCACUCUGGAGUGUGAAUUAUCCAGACAAAAUGUUGAAGUCAGAUGGCUCAAGAACGGGAUGGAGCUGAAGCCAGGGAAGAACUGUCGGAUCUACUCCAUGGGUCGGAAGCGGUUCUGUCAGAUCAUGCAGUGUUGUCGUGCCGAUUCUGGCUCCUACACCUGUGAUACAGGAGAAAUCAACACUUCAUGUACACUGGAGGUUUAUGAGCAUGAGCUGCAGAUAGUGCAGGACCUGGAGGAUCUGUACAUCCAGGAGGACCAGAACGCCGUCUUCAUGUGUGAGGUUUCUCUGGAGGAUGUGACCGGGGAGUGGUUCAAGGACGGACACAAGAUCCGACCCACCAACACCAUCAAGACUCGGACUGAAGGGACCAAACACUUCCUGCUGAUGUGUAACGUCACAGCUGAAGAUGCUGGAGAAAUCCGCUUUGCAGCCAGAGACAUUGAAUCCACAGCAUACCUGGAGGUAGAAGAGCUUCCGGUGUCCAUAGUAAAACCCCUGAGAGACCGAACAGCACUGGAGAAACACCGCGUGAUCCUCGAAUGCACCGUUUCGUCGCCUCGCUGCAGCGCAACGUGGUACAAAGGCAGAGAGGAGCUGGUUCCCACAGACCGGUUGGAGAUCCUGGCUGACGGCUGCUGCCACAAACUGGUGAUCCAGCAGGUGGCCGUGGAGGACGAGGGCACCUACAGUGUCGAGGUGGGCGAGCACACGUCCAAGGCCAAGCUCCUGGUGGAAGCUCAGGCCCUGGUGAUGGUCCAAGAUCUCGAGGACAUCGAGGUGAUGGAAUCAGAACCGGCAUCUUUCCAGUGUGAGGUGUCGGUUGCCAUAAACAAGCCUCCUGUUUGGACUCUGAAUGGAGAAAACCUUCAGCCGGGUCCUUCAGUCCGCCUGGAGAACCAUGGGACGCUGCAUAAACUCAUCCUGAAGAACACCAGCGUGGACAUGAGCGGGACGGUGAACUUCACUCUGGGGAAGGCGAAGAGCAGCGCAAUGCUCAGCGUGGUGGGAAACUAAAGAGAAGACUGAGGAAAGAAAGUGACUCUAGAAGGAGAGAAGAAAGUGAAAAGACUGAUUGUGAUGAUGGGAAUCACUGAUUAACCCUAAAACUGCACCUUCUUUUUCUGUGGUGACUUCAAUGAAAGGUUUCGGGCGAUCUUAGACAGCCCGAAUAUGUGCCGCCAGUCAAGAUAUUAUUCAUUUUUUACAGUGUAGAUUAUAUUUAUUUGCCUGAUAAAGAUUUCUAGUUGACUUCCUUCUUGAUUUUGGUGAAAAAUCAAAGUCUUUCAAAAAAUGUUCUCUAAGGAAGUAAUCAUUAAACUCAAACUAUGAACAAGGUGUUAAUAUUUUCUAAUAUCGAUAUGCCAAAAAAUAAUAAUUAUAGAGACACCAUGGUGGGAUCUUGUUUUAAUCUCAAGGUAAAGUGAAUCUGCAACAAAAAAUGCAAAAGAAAGUCAAUCUCCAGAGUGAGAAGAUGCUGCUUUUCUCUGUCUUAAGGGACAUUUUAAAAACACACUGCAACAGGUACUGAUCUGAUGUAAUGAAUCCAAUCCUUUCAUGCAAUGGAGUCAUUUAAAACCAGAUCGUUCACGAUAAUUAUUCCAAACCAGCAAAGACUCUCCCAAACCUUCUCUAUAUUUCUGUAGAAUCAUUAUCUUUUCCUUCAAACACAAGGGCACAAAAAUAUAUUUUGUCCUUUAUUUCUAAGUGAAGAUGUAACUGUUCAGUCCAGUCGAUGGUUUUAUUCUGAUCAGUGCAUAGAAACACACAUUAAUGAAGUAAUACUGGGAGAUAAUCAUUAAAAUUAAAUUACUGUGCACAAUAAACCGCACUAUGAAGCUUUAAUGGUGACUUCUACUGGUUACAUUUCCCCUGUAAAUAUUGGUUUCCAAUAAAAAUGUAGGACAUUAAAUGAAAUUAGUAUUUUUUUCUCAGACCAUGAGCCAAACAUUUCACUUUAGUAGCUCUUAAAUAAUGUUCCAGUUUUAUUACAUCUACAUUCUGAAGGUUUUUAUAUGGGGUUUGUUUACUUAUGAAUUACAGCGUGAUUUACAGAACAGCUUGUUCCAAAAAACGUGGUGAUUUUUUGAAUUUAUUUUUUGCUGGCUGUGGACAGUAUUUUCAGAUUCAUGGAGCUACCAAAGCAAAAACAUUUGACUCAAAUACACUACACAUGAAAAGUUUGGACAUACCUUC